AUGAACUCUUACUAUGUUUGGCCCCCCACCGAAGACUCAGCGUGGGAAGAGAUUGAGGAUCUUGAUGACCUUACGCAACUACUAUACUUGGAUAACUGGACCGUUCGAUCAACUGAGAAGACGUUCCAAUGCGACAAUCACACCUUUUUCAUCGAGUGCUACGGUCCCAGGUAUGCCAAUGCUUCCUUGCCCAUCUCGUCGUUCUCUUUUGAAACAGAAAAGUGCAGCUCCGACAUGUACGGAGGUGAUGGCUCCAACAAUUGGAUAUGGAGCGCGGCCUUUAUGGGAAUACUUCCCGUAUCAGUUAUUUGCUUUACUCAGUUUGUUCUCAACCGGGGGCACUACAAUCUGCUUCUUGGACUGGUUCAGUUUCGUGAAGUUGAGGGUGAAGCUCGUCCAAUCAAAUUCGGUGUGGCCUUCACUCUGUUUUGCAACUUUUCCAAAAGUGGAGUGGCCAUAAUGAAUACAGAACUGUGCGGUCGCUUUGCACAGGGUUACAAGGUGGACACAAGCCUGGGUGAAGCGAUGGGCGUAAUCAAGUUUUUGGCCGACUUUGUGAUGCUGGCCUGUAUGUUUGUGUCUGUGAAUGUACCAAUAAUGCUGCUCUUUGUUUGGUGCAUCAUGAGCUGCUGUUCCUCUGCCCGUGAGAGUACAGAGUGUAUGGCGGGCUGGUGCGCCAUGUGCAAGUGUCCAGCCGUCGUUGGAUUUCGGAUCAUGCUCUUCUUUUCUGUCAUUGCAUCCCUUGUGGUCAGGAUCUUCAGCUGGUCCAACAUUGCUAUAAACUUUGACUUGGAGUAUCCUCAAUGGUUUGCUGUGUCAACGAUUUCUUCGAUUGAUUUGGUUCUGUCUGGGGCCAUGGAUUUGUACCUUAUCAUUGAGAAGUGGUGCUGGAGAAAAACAAUAGCUGUACGCAAACACGGAGGAUCUCAAGAUGGUCAGUCCGAGGACUAUGACAAACAAGGCAUUGCAGAUGUCUCGGAUGGAGAAGUUUUCCACGCGUAG